AUGCAGAGUCAACUUGUGUGUAAUGGUUGUAGGAACAUGCUGCUUUACCCUAGAGGGGCAACCAAUGUUUGUUGUGCAUUGUGCAAUACAAUUUCCCCGGUUCCUCCGCCCGGGAUGGAUAUGUCUCAACUUUAUUGUGGAGGCUGUAGGACAUUGCUAAUGUACACACGUGGAGCUACAAGUGUUAGAUGUUCUUGUUGUCACACUGUAAACCUUGCUCCAGUAUCUAAUCAAGUCGCCCAUGUCCCCUGCGCUAACUGCCGGACAACACUCAUGUAUCCUUAUGGAGCUCCUUCAGUCAAAUGUGCUGUUUGUCACUAUAUUACUAAUAUCAAUAAUAUGUCGAAUGGAAGGGUUCAAGUUCCUGCUAAUAGACCUCAGGGGACAACCAACUUGGGAACAUUACCUUCUACUUCAACAAGCCAAACUGUGGUGGUAGAAAAUCCAAUGUCUGUUGAUUCAAGUGGGAAAUUGGUGAGCAAUGUUGUUGUCGGCGUUACAACAGAUAAGAAAUAA